AUGGAUGGCAUUGGUCAGGCAGCUGCUACAGAAGGAGUGUGGCUUUUGAGCACGGGUUUGAAUAGUGGUGUGUCGAAAGUGAUUGGUCAAAGCGUUGGACGCUAUACUUUACUGAAUGAAAAACCUCCGAAUCAUACUCUUAUUGGGCUCAGUAGUUGGGGUUGUUUAUCGGACAGAACGCAACAAAUACUCAGAAAACAGGCAAAAUUAGACUCAAAUGCAGAUAGAGCGAGCCACGACAGUGUUCCUAUAACUCUCGCACCUUUAUUGACAAGAUAUCGAAGCGAUGUCUAUAGUGUUUCUGCAUGGUCUACAUUAGACGAAAACCAACCUGAUACAUUUGAGAGUAAUCACACGCAUUUGCUUCUGUUCGACGAUGGCAGUCAGGGAAAGCGUAAGACAGAAACAACGACUGAUCCGUUCUAUAUUGAUGAUGUACCUCGCUUGACAUUGGUUGAUGAAUUAAUCACAUUAACUGGUUGUCAUGCGGUGACGAUCAUUAUUGAGGGAGGUUUAAAUUCUUUGAGUGUCAUUGAAAACGAUCUUCUUGCUAAACGUCCAGUAGUGAUUAUUCACGGUAGUGGUCGUUUGGCUACUGCAAUUGGUAAUUUGUUGGAGUUGACACGUGAUCAAACUACUAUUGGAACAAAUGAAAUUAAGCAACAAUUGGAAAAAGUCGUCGUAUCACAUCGUACAAAAGAACUCUCAGAUGUACAGUUACAACAAAUUCAAUUUAUUUUGAUGCCCGAGAAUCGACCGUAUUUGAGUGUAUUUCGGCUUGAUGACAAUGCAAGUCUCACUGAUACUAUUUUCUUAGCUGUUUUUAAAGCUCAAAUGCAUCGUGAAAAUAAAGAAACAACACAUAAUAACCCAGAUCAACGCUCCGCUCGCGUUAAGAAUAUGCUGGAUUUAGCUGUUUUGUGGAACUAUGUUAAUGGUAUUAAUGAUGUGCUUGAAAACAAAGAGACCAUUAAUUACGAUCGAACAUGGGACACAGAUUUGUUUGAAAAAGCCUUGAUGACCAACCGACCAGCAUUUGUCGAUUAUUUUCUUCGAAGACAAUAUGAUGUGCUCGAAACAAAGGAGUAUAUCGAGUUUAUCGAUCGCGGUGAACGUAUUCCACAGAUCUGUGCUGCACUUCGUGCUAUGAUUUUAUCGUCACUACGGACUGACAUGGAUUCAGUAACGACUGAGAUGAAUAAUAAUGAAGAUGAAAUUUCAACUAGUGAUGUAGCUGAAAAUGAAGUCGAUACUGCAAAUGUGCGUGCUGCAUUUGGUCGCAAAUUUGUCAUUGAAAAGCUGUAUGCAAAUCGAAUCGAUCAUCUUAAGCUUAAAUCUCGGAUAGCUGUAGCUCUUGUGGCUGCUGGCAUCACUCGUCAAUUGAUGUCCACUACACCUGAAUAUUUAGAUCAAUUACACAAGUUCCAAAAACAAUCUAAAGACUAUGAACAAUUUGCUACAGCAUGCAUUGAUGCUUGCUACCAACGAAGUGAAAGAUACGCUUGUCAACUACUUUUACGAGAAAUUCCAUUCCUUGGAAAUAUAACUUGCAUGCAAGUAGCUAUUUCGUUUCGUAUCAAAUCAUUUAUUAAUAGUCGUUGCUUUAAUCAAGUACUUAAUCGACAAUGGUUUUCGGAAACAGACGAAUUGAAAGCAGAAAUCGAAGCUUUAAAACGUAAAAGCAAUCAAAUGUAUACUACCAUUGAUACCAUGAAUGCUCAAUCAAAGCGAAUGAUUCCUGCAACGAAUUGGAUGAUGAAAGCUAUGGAUCGAGUGAAAAUGUCAUCACAACGACCGCCACCAUUUGUAUUUUCAUCAAGUUCUGAAGCUUGA